AUGACGACUACAGAUGAUCCUUAUCAAUUUUCAAUGGAUGAUUCAAUUUCCAGUACACCACGAACACGAAGUUCCAGUCGAACUCGUAAAGCACCAACAAAUAAUACGAAAAAACCUGUUGCAAAACCCGCACAGCAACGGAUUGUUACUCGUUCAUCACAAAAAUCUCCGAUGACAUCAGCAGUUGAUGAAAAUGAUCAUUCAUUCAUGUCAAAUAUUCAAUCCGGAUUUUCUCAAUUCGUCAAUCCGAAAAAACGACCACGUGACGAUAAAAAAACCAAGACAAUUAAACGACCAAAAAUUAACACAGAAAACGAUGAAAACCAACCACCCGACGAAGAAAUUCAAGCAAUUGAACAAGUUAAACUUAUCUACGAGACUUCUGGUGGUCGAACAAAUCUCGCACGCGCUGCAGCAACAAAUGCGAAAAUUCUCGCCAAUAGAAACCAAUCGAAUGGGCGUCCGCCCACAAUCUCCAACACAACUUACACUCUCAAUGAUCAAAAUCAUAUUAUUGAUGAUACACAAGUCGACACUUACGCUAUCCCAGAUACAAUGGUUGACACAGACAUACAACAUAAUGAUAGUUCAUGGCAAAGAGACAUCGACCGGUUGAUGAAAAAACUCGAAGAACCAUCAACAUCUUUCAAAUCGCCCACACAAAUUGAAGAAACUCAGAAAGAUGAUGAAGAGCAAGAAGAGGAGAUUACAGCACCAAUUUAUCUCACUCAAACAGGAAAAACUCAACUACAACCAAUAAAACCCAUCUCCCAAGUACAUUCGAUACCAAAAACAAUGACUCAACCGAAGAAAACAACAAUUACGCAGCUGAAUGAAAUCGCCAUUCAAACAGAUAAUAGUCAAACUACUUCGUCUACUCAUCCUUGCUGUCAAGAUGUGUCCACUUGUCCUUGCGUUCUCCGAUACAGUAAACUCGAACGUUUAUUUAUGGAGAAGAUGUCUCGAUUCGUUAGUAUUGUCCCAACAAUACCAAGCUCAGACAUUCAACCGAAACGCCGACCCGUGCAACACUAUUCUCGAUUUCGACGUAUUCGCGGUCGUCGACGAAAUAAUCCACGAAUGGUUGUACCUUCACCUCCGAAUAACGAAUCAACAACAGUUGAAGAAACGUCCGAUGAGGCAACAAUCGAGAAGGACAAUCAGGUUGAAGAGACUGUUCAACUUCCACCUCCUCCAGUUGAAACUAUUGUUCCUCCUACACCUCCUCCUGUUACUAUGACGAAUCCGAUAGACAAUAUUCUUUCUUCCACGAUAAUAAAAGAAGUUACAGCAGAACCAAUUGGUGAUUUAUCUACAAUUGAAAAAGUUGAGACAACUGUAUUGAUGGAUCAUUCAUCAACACUCCUCAUUUCAUCGAGUAACAACACUUGUCCAACUGGUCGACGUUUAGUUCUAACGGCAUCCUCACUCGAUGAAACUCAAAAAUCACAAUUUCGUUCAUUCAUUAGUCGUUUCAACGCUUCCAUCAGUUCUGCAGUCGAUUCUUCCACUACUCAUGUCAUUGUCAACGAGCAAUCUGUACUUGUUUGUCCGUUAACUGGAAAAACCAUUCAAGGCAUUGCUCGUCAUUUAUUCAUCGUUUCACAUCGUUGGUUAAAUGAAUGUAUAGCUCAAGAUUCCAUCGUCGAUGAACGUCCCUACGAAAUUCGUGGUGAUACAAGUUUAGGCGUUGAUCAUGGUGGAAUGCGCCGAUCACGUUUAACACCUUCAUAUCUUCUGGAAAAUUAUUCGAUAUUUCUACGUUGUUCGGCUAGCGAUUGUGCCCCAUUGCAAACAGUCGAACAAGUGCAAGAAUUAAUCGAAUUAUGUGGAGCGAAAUUUAUACGCAGUUUUAGUGAAAUACGAACGAUUGAUAAACAAAGACAAAUCCUUCUUGUUCUUGGUAUUCACGGUUUCAAUGGAACGGACAAGAAACGCAAAGCUCUUUUGGACACUUGUCAACAAUUUAAUGUUCGAUGUGUAAAUAUUCAUUGGCUACUGAUCUCAAUUGCGAAAUAUGAAGUCCAGCCAGUGGAAAGCUUUGAUAUUAAUCAAGAGUGA